AUGAUUCGAGGAGGAGAAGAAAACGAGGAUGAAAUAACGUCAUUUGAUCGAAACAUGUUAUCCGGAGACUCGUUAGAAAAUACCUCGUGGAUCGACUUAAACGAGGAUGCCGCUAGCAAUGAGGCCGAAAAUAAUGAUCAUAUUAACGAGCUUUCGACGGGUGUUAGGAUUCAACGAAUCGCGAAGAAAGAUUAUCACGACGGCUCGAAAUCGGGCGAACGAAUUAAUUAUAAUAACAAGGAGAAGAAGACAACAGUUCGACAAUAUGUCCGUUCGAAAAUGCCUAGGCUUCGGUGGACUCCCGAUCUCCAUCUCUCGUUCGUCCACGCAAUCGAGAGACUCGGCGGCCAAGAAAGAGCCACACCAAAGGCAGUGCUUCAAUUGAUGAAUGUUAGAGGGCUUAGUAUCUCUCAUGUCAAGAGUCACUUGCAGAUGUAUAGAAGCAAGAAACUUGACGAAUCAGGAAGAGUAAUAGGUCAAUCAAAUAGGCUAUACAAUAUUCAACGUAGGAACCAAUUCUCUGCAAAAGCCCCUUUUCAUCAGCUGAGAUUUAAAAAUGGCGGCAUUGUCUUUGAACGACAUGGCGAUUGCACGUUCGAUUUCCCUCCAAACCCUAAAUCCUCGAGUUAUUCGACCCAUCUCGUUAAUAAUCGAUAUCAACAGUUGUCUAAUAUUCCUAGACAUUUUCAUGCAAUGCAAGAAGACCAAUCUGUUGAAGGAAGAAAAUGGAAACGGCCUCAAAAUGAAUUUAAAGAGAAAGAAAGCUCGAUAUCCAACUCACGGUCGCAAUCUUUUUGUAAUAUUUCUAUUGGAAAAAUCGGGAUUAAUGAUCAACUGAAAUCGAGCAUCGUGCUUGACCGUAAACCGAAUAAGUCACUCAGUCUUGAUCUUCCCUUGAGGCAUGGUCAGAUCAUGAAGGACCAACAGAAGACGACGAUGGUAAGUCGUAAAGAAAAGUUUCCUUGUGAUUUGCAGCUAAGUUUGAGCCUCGGCCUCAAUAACGAUCACAAGGGAUGCAAGAAAGGAGGAGAAUCGGAUAUUAGCACGAAGCUUUCUCUUGCGUUCACUCCACACUCAUCGACCGCAAAUUAA